GAGUCGCGUGAGAGCUGCAGUUAAUUGAGAGGGGCUGGCAGUGGUCUCGCGCAGCGCCGAGCUCUGUUUGUCAGAGGAAGCUUUGUGAGCGCGUCAGGCUGGGAUGCCUGGUUUCCGGUAACAGAGUCGGGACGGCUCGCCUCCGGGAGUCGUGGAAAACUACAGCGCGCACAGACUUUUUUCACACGGCUGUCUUCAGCGCGAGCGACCGGACCCAACAGGAGGAGGAUGGCGAGGCGGUCUCGCGGGAGCGGACAGCUGCGAGCAACAACCUUGUUCACGGAACCGGGCCGCCUUCACGCUCGCGACUGAACAACGAUGACCCGGUGGAGCUGAGUGCAAGUUGCGUCGCGCGGUGCAGUUGUGCUUAAAGCUCGAGACGCAGACUAGGGACCCGCGCGAGACAUGGCUUUGUCUUUGAGGAGCUGGGUCGCCAACGAAGGAAGCAAGAACAUUCUAUUGGUAGUGUGGCUGACUGUGAAUGCUGUUGUGUUCUGGAGGACCUUCACACUGUACGCCUACGGUCCUCAGUAUCGCUAUCUGCACCAGAUCCUAGGGAUGGGUGUGUGUGUGAGCCGUGCGUCGGCCUCCCUGCUGAAUCUCAACUGUUGUCUGGUGCUGCUGCCCAUGUGCAGAUCCAUCCUCACCUGCCUCAGAGGCACACACAAGGUUUGGGCGCGUGGGGGGCGGAGACUUCUGGAUCAGAGUCGGAGUUUCCACUCAGCCUGCGGCACAGCAAUCUGUGUGUUCUCAGUGAUCCAUGUAUCAGCACAUUUGGUGAAUGCUGUAAGUUUCUCUGUGAAAUUCUCUGAUGAAUUCCCCUCUCUCAAUAUGGCGCAGUACAGAGGCCAGGAUCCCAGACUUGUCAUACUAACAACAGUUCCAGGGGUCACAGGGCUGCUGUUGGUUCUCAUCCUCUUCCUGAUGUUCACUGCAUCCACACCCUGCAUCAGGAUGAGCAGCUAUGAAGUAUUCUGGUACACACACAACCUCUUCAUCCUCUUCUACUUCAUACUGAUGGUGCACGCGCUGGGGGGCGCCCUGAAGUACCAGACCAACCUGGACACACACACGCCAGGAUGCAGGCCAACCAAUCACAGCAGGGCAGACGAUACCUCCACCAAUCAGGAGAGGGAACUGGGGGACUGGCCACAAAGGGAACCAAUCUGCAGAGAGGAGGCCCAAUUUCAGUCUCACUUUCCAGAGACUUGGCUGUGGGUCCUGGUGCCUCUGUGUGUGUACUGCACAGAGCGAGUGUGUCGCUACAUCAGAAGUCGUACGCCUGUUACCAUAGUUACCGUUCUCAGGCAUCCCUGUGAUGUCAUCGAGGUCCGCAUGCUGAAGGACGGCUUCAAGGCCAAACCAGGACAGUACAUCCUGUUGAACUGUCCCAGUGUGUCGUCAUUUGAAAACCAUCCCUUUACUCUCACAAUGUGUCCAACAGAGAAGAAAAAGACUUUUGGAAUCCAUCUGCGUGUUGUUGGAGAUUGGACAGAGCGCUUCUCACAGAUGCUUUUUCCGGAGGUUUCAUCUGGUGACCACAUUCUUCCCAUGAUGCAACAGAGAAACUUUCCCAAGGUGUGUGUGGACGGUCCAUUCGGUAGCCCCUCGGAGGAAGUGUUUGGCUACGAGCAGAGUGUGUGUGUAGCGGGAGGGAUCGGAGUCACACCCUUCGCCUGUGUGCUACAUGCGCUCCUUGAGGGCUGGAGUCAGCACAGACUCAGGCGUCUGUACGUUGUGUGGGUGUGCAGGGAGCUGCAGUCCUUCUACUGGUUUGCAGAUCUGCUGUGUUCUCUACAUCACAAGCUUUGGCAGGAGAAUCGCCCUGAUUACCUGAACAUCAGACUCUACCUCAGCAACACGUCAGAUUUACAGCAUCUGUGUGAGGAGCGGUACCAAGCCCUCAGGUCUCGGCUGGUGAUUGGCCGUCCAAAGUGGAAGUUGCUGUUUGACGAGAUCGGCAGAACCAAUCAGAAUAAGCGUGUAGGUGUGUUCUGCUGUGGACCUCGGAGGAUGUCACAAGCCUUACACACACUCUGCAAUUCCAACCAGCACACACACACCACCUUCGAGUUCAACACAGAGGCCUUCUGCUGACACACAUACACACACACACACACACAGUUCCCCUUCACACCCCCAACACACACACACACUGUUCCCCUUCACACCCCCAACACUCACACACACACACUGUUCCCCUGCACCCCACCAACACACACACACACACACACACACACACACUGUUCCCCUUCACACCCCCAACACACACACACACACUGUUCCCCUGCACCCCACCAACACACACACACACACACACACAAACACACACACACACAACUAUUCCCCUCAGGACCACACACACCUGUGUGUUUGUGUUUUGCGUGUUUGUACAGAAUAUAUUUGUAUGUGUCUUUUACAU